CGAAGACGUCGGGGUCAGCGCACACCAACAGCAGUGGGACGACGAGUGUUGCCGGCCGCGGUCCUGGGGCAGCUGUUCUUUCAGCUGAUGUGCGGAGCAAACAGAAGAACGUGGCUUUUUCAACAGCAGGAGCGACGGGCGGAGCACAUCAUCAAAACGACGCGGCGGUAAUACCUUUGCAGGUCUCGUCAGAAGGUGUAUUGGAUUGCUCACCCAACUACGCUACCAAGGACCCGGAACAAGUUCC